AUGCAAGCAGCCGUCGAGCAGAUUGCCGCCAUGGCACAGCAGCUGCAUGAUCAGGAUCCGGACGAAGAGGAUGGCAAUAUUAAUGACAACAAUAACGACGGCGGGAACGCGCUCAAGCGCAAGGCCGACGAUGGACAGACGCAACAACAGCGGGCCCGCCGGAAUCGCUAUGUCUCCAUCGCGUGCAACCAGUGCAAGAGACGCAAGAUCAAGUGUAAUGGAGAGACGCCAUGCCAGCGAUGUGGCAAUCUGAWUCUCGAGUGUGUCUAUGCGCCGAAUUGCUGUAAUGGCUUCAAGGACUCGCAGGAAUUCAAGGACAUGUCUCAACAUAUUUCCAUGUUGCAGGAGCAGGUGAACGCGCUUUGGGAAUCGUUGAAUGCGAUGCGUGUACAGAUGGGGAGCGGCCAGGUAAUGGCCCAGCAAAUGCAGCAGCAGCACCAACAACAACUCACGCCCAUCGAUCCCUCGCUACAAAACACAACGUAUCCUUCGCAUCCACACCGUGGGUCUGUUUCUUUCUCUGACAUGCAGCCGUCUCCUGGAGCCUCAAAUUUGGGCAUGUCACCGCGGGUAGCGCGUCGGAAGAGCCAGUCCCAGAACCAGCAGCCGUCUUUUCGAGGUCCGACAAGUUCCGCUUUCAACUUCGGCGUGGCUAAGAACAGUCUGGAAACGAUGGGUAUUACAAGCCAGGCAGAGGGAGAUGUCAAUGGCAACACGGGAAGUGGGAUUAUCACGACGGAGGUCACACCAGAACCUCCCGAAAGUAGCGUUCAGUUCGUCCCGAGUCUGGUCACCRACAAAGAUCCGAUUUGGGGCAUUCCCAAGGACGAGGCAGUGAGAUUAUGCAGGGUGUACGAGGAUGAGAUAGGACUCAUGUACCMGGUGAUUGAUGUGGAUAAAGUGGUUGCUCAUGCAACAUCGCUGUAUCGAUUCAUAGAGGCAGCAUAUCGAACUGGACUGAUGCGGCAGAACUUGCCCGGAGCAGAUGCGAUUGACGAUGAGGAUACGAACAUUCUUAAGCUGAUGUUGGCUACCGCGCUGACUGUGGAGGCAUGUGGUCGCAGCGAGCUCGGACAGCGAUUGUUUGAGUAUGUACAGCCUGCAAUCGACAAUAUGCUUCUUGGAAAUGCUGGAAUCAAAGGAGUUCGAUUGCUAACGAUGGCGGCGAUGUACGAGUUUCACCGAGACAACGAAGGAACCUCAUGGCGUAUGAUAGGUCUAACAGCUCGUCUCUGCAUCGAACUUGGACUCCACCGAAGAGAAACGUACGAUGCAAUGAAAGACGACGAUGACAGAACCGACACGAUGCUCCUCUUCUGGGCCAUUUACGUUCUGGAUCGUCGCUGGAGCUUUGGCACUGGGAUGCCAUUCGCAUUGCAAGAGUCUGAUAUUGACCCACAACUGCCAAAGCCCGAGGAACGCUCACCGUACUUGAGUGCAAUGAUCACCUACUCGUCCAUUUCCAGCAAAGUAUGGCGAUCAAUAUCCACGCCAGCGUCGCCAAAUCGCGCACCGAUCAACACCGAAGAGAUGAAUUACUUUGACUAUCAAGUUAUACAAUGGCAUCGAAAUGUGCCCGCCCAUCUUCGCUUUGAACACCCUUCACAGAACGGGACAGUGACAACUCCUGGUGCUGCUUCUUCUUCUCGAGCAACCCGCCGGCUGCGCAUACUGCUCUACUUGCGAGCAAAUCAGAUGCGUAUACACAUCUACCGCCCUGUGUUACACUCGGCGACCUCCAUCAUGGGCCAUCGUGAACAGGCACAAACGGUGGUGGAGGUCGCAAAGGACACAGUGCGAGUCCUGACCAACAUCAACCAGACAUCGGACCUCUACCGCACCCAGCAAGUUCUUUUCAACGCGUUCCUAACUUCGGCUCUGGCUGUGUUGUUCCUCGCGGUCAGUCAUACGCCGGCACUUUUCGCCGAGAAUGUGCGAGAGGAGUUCUACAUGUCGCUUGAGCUUGUACGCAACUUCUCCAAAGGCAGCUGGGUGUCAAAACGUCUGUGGAAAACAAUUCGCGUGUUGAAGGAAGUCRGACCCAAGCUAGGUCUUACCAUGAAAGAGUCCGUAGCUACGUCGGCACAUAACGCUCCAUCUAAUGAGGACCCCGACCCGAGUCGCUCGGCCGCUGUGGCAAUGGCCGGUCUUGCUGGGCAUAACGUGGAUGAAAUGUCGCUCUUCAACGGAACCCCACAGCAACAUGGUCAAUGGAAUGGGGCCGCGGGAUCCAGUAGCAGUCCCGAGGGAAUGGUGAAUGAUCUGACAAGUCUUUUUGAGGCAGCAGGGGGAUAUGCCGCUCUAGACACCAUGAGUGGCCACGAUGGGAACUACCUGGCCGAUGGCAUGGGGAACUUCACUGGUGGUGAAGGUCUCUCGCACAUACUCAAGGAGCUGUUCUGA